AUGCUUGGUCCUGUUGACAGACUGGUACAUCACUUUGCCAAUACUUGGCAGGACCUUGUUGAGCGAUAUCCAGCCGGUGUAAUCGAGAUUGGAAUCUCUCUGUUCGUUUCAGUGUUUGCUCUUAUUGUACCCUCUACAAUAUUCCUAUCGAUUGAUACAGCCUUCCCAGACUUUGUCAAGCGUCACAAGAAGCAAGCCGAAGAAAAAAGGCCUCAUAGCGUAAAGCUUGCCAAAUGCAUUCUCCUAGUGAUUCUCAACAUCAGCCUCGCAAUAUCGACCGUUGUCCUGUCCAAGUUAUGCUUUGGCUGGCAAUUCUCGCCCUUCCGCGUGGACCCCGAGUUACCAUCAGGCAGGAUGUUACUACUCGACUUUGCCUAUGCCGCGCUAUGUCGGGAGGUGAUCGUAUACUACAUACACCGUCUAUCCCACUGGCCGUGGUUUUACAAACACAUCCACCGAGUCCAUCACGAAUUCCAGGCGCCCAUAGGAUUUGUCGCCGGCUAUAUACAUCCCAUCGAGAGCCAGAUCAACGGCGGCGCCCCGCUCUACGUGCCGCUGGCGGUCCGUCGAGCGCACAUGGUCUCCUACCUGGUAUUCUUCUUCGCGACUGUUUUCUAUGUUGUGCUCGAUCACACUGGCUAUACUGUUUGGUGGUUUCCCAACGCCCGCGCUCAUGAUCUCCAUCAUGAAAAGCUCACCUGCAAUUUUGGGAUGGAAAAAGUGAAGCUGUGCGAGGUGUAA